GCCUCCCUUGUUUCUCUAUUGUCAGAGCGAAGCAGAGAGAGAUAGAGAGGACAGCACCGGGGCUGUGCGGGUAAGCACCGAUAGCGGACCAACUAGUGUCAAAAAUAGAAUCGAGGGAAGAGAGAGGUCCUGUGCGGGGUGGCGGGAAAGAAGCGCACCCAGACAUGGGCAAGAAGGAUGAGAUAGCCGUGGCCAAAGCCAAGAUUGAGCAAAACGGAGACAUUGGUGAGGAUAAAGGUGAAGGGAAGAAGAAGGAAAAGGAGAAAGAGCCAAAGAUGCCGAUGAUUGGCGCCAUAGCUCUGUUCAGGUUUGCUGAUGGUUGGGACAGGUUGAUGAUGGUGCUGGGGACCAUCAUGGCCAUUGUCAAUGGAACGGUCCUUCCUCUCAUGUAUAUCGUCUUUGGGGACAUGACUGACAGCUUCAUAAGAGACUCCAUACAGACACAGAAUAACUUCACCAACAUCACUUUCCCUGUUUUCAACACCACUCUGGGAGAGGAGAUGACUGGCCAUGCUAUCUACUACUCUAUAAUAGGUGCGGUGGUGUUGGUAGCAGCCUACAUGCAGGUGGCCUUCUGGACACUGGCAGCAGGCAGGCAGGUCAAGCGCCUCAGGAAGCUCUUCUUCCACUGCAUCAUGCAGCAGGAGAUCGGCUGGUUCGACGUCAACGAGACGGGAGAACUCAACACACGCCUAACAGAUGACAUCUAUAAGAUCAACGAGGGGAUAGGGGACAAGGUGGGCAUGUUGAUCCAGUCCUUCACCACCUUCAUCGCUGCCUUCAUCAUCGGCUUCAGCCAAGGAUGGAAGCUCACCCUGGUCAUCCUGGCUGUCAGCCCUGUGCUGGGCUUCUCUGCUUUUAUAUUCAGCAAGGUACUGACAUCCUUCACGUGCCUGGAGCAGGGUGCUUAUGCUAAAGCUGGAGCCGUGGCUGAGGAGGUGAUCUCUUCUGUCAGAACAGUCUUCGCCUUCGGUGGACAACAGAAGGAGAUAACCAGGUACCAGAAGAACCUGGAGGAUGCUAUGAACAUGGGGAUCCGUAAAGCCAUCUCUGCUAACAUAGCUAUGGGCUUCACCUUCCUGAUGAUCUACCUGUCCUACGCUCUGUCCUUCUGGUAUGGCAGCACACUCAUCAUAUCUGGAGAAUACACCAUUGGAACUGUCCUCACCGUGUUCUUCACAGUGUUGACCGGGGCGUUUGCCAUUGGACAGACUUCUCCUAAUGUCCAGGCCUUCGCCAGCGCCCGGGGGGCGGCACACAAAGUCUACAACAUCAUCGACAACAAACCCCACAUCAACAGCUACUCAGACCACGGCCACAAGCCUGAUGUCAUCAAAGGAAACAUAGAGUUUAACAACAUCCAUUUCACCUACCCCUCACGACCCGACGUCAAAGUGUUGAAUGGAAUGUCUCUAACGGUGCGUAGUGGCCAGACCAUAGCCCUGGUAGGCAGUAGCGGCUGUGGGAAAAGCACCACCGUUCAGCUGCUGCAGAGGUUCUAUGAUCCACAAGAGGGAUCAGUGUAUGUAGACGGUCAUGACGUGCGCUCCCUGAACGUGCGCUUCCUGAGAGAGAUGAUUGGCGUUGUCAGUCAGGAGCCCAUCCUGUUUGCUACCACCAUCGCUGAGAACAUUCGCUACGGGCGACCUGACAUCACUCAUCAGGAGAUAGAACAGGCUGCCCGGGAGGCCAACGCCUACGACUUCAUCAUGACACUACCUGACAAAUUUGAGACUCUGGUUGGAGACAGAGGGACCCAGAUGAGUGGAGGACAGAAACAGAGGAUCGCUAUCGCACGUGCUCUCGUACGUAACCCCAAGAUCCUCUUGUUGGAUGAGGCUACCUCAGCCCUUGACGCCGAAAGUGAGACCAUCGUACAGGCUGCUUUGGACAAGGUGAGACAGGGUCGUACUACCAUCAUUGUGGCCCAUCGUCUGUCUACUAUCCGUAAUGCUGAUGUCAUCGCCGGCUUCCAGAAGGGAGAGAUUGUAGAGCUGGGAACACACAGCCAACUGAUGGAAAAAGAAGGAGUCUACCACACACUGGUCACCAUGCAGACGUUUAAGAGUUCUGAGGAGGGCGAAGAGGCGGUGGAGGAGCAGGUUCUGGAGGAGAAGGGUGCGUCAGUGACGCCGUUCUCAGAGACCACCCUCAUCAGGAGGAAGUCUACCAAGGGAUCAUCCUUCAUCGGCUCAGAGAAAGGAGACAAGGACAAGACUGAGAAGGAGGAAGAGGAUGAGGAGGUUCCUCCUGUGUCGUUUCUGAAGGUGUUGAAGCUGAACCUUCCUGAGUGGCCCUAUAUGGUGGUUGGUGUGAUCUGUGCCACUAUCAACGGAGGCAUGCAGCCUCUCUUCGCUGUCAUCUUCUCUAAAAUCAUCGCUGUGUUUGCAGAGCAAGACCAAGAACUGGUUAGACAACGCUCCUCCUUCUACUCUAUCAUGUUCGCCGCCACUGGAGUCGUCUCCUUCAUAACCAUGUUCCUACAGGGAUUCUGUUUUGGGAAGGCUGGUGAGAUUCUGACCAUGAAGCUGAGACUGAUGGCCUUUAAAUCCAUGAUGAGACAGGAGUUGGGCUGGUAUGACAGUCACAAGAACAGUGUUGGAGCUCUCACCACUAGACUGGCUACAGACGCAGCACAAGUACAGGGGGCUACAGGAGUGCGUUUGGCCACUCUGGCCCAGAACGUGGCUAACCUGAGCACCAGUCUGAUCAUCUCGUUUGUGUACGGCUGGCAGCUGACUCUUCUCAUCCUGUCUGUGAUUGCCACAGAGGCCAUAGAGAACAUCCGUACGGUGGCUUCUCUCACCAGAGAGCAGACAUUUGAGUCUCUGUACCAGGAGAACCUCAUAGUGCCUUACAAGAACUCUCAGAAGAAGGCCCAUGUGUAUGGCAUCACAUUCUCCUUCUCUCAGGCUAUGAUCUACUUUGCCUAUGCCGGCUGCUACCGCUUCGGAGCCUGGCUCAUAGAGGAAGGCAUUAUGACCUUCGAAAAUGUCUUCCUGGUGAUCUCUGCAGUGCUGUACGGAGCCAUGGCAGUAGGAGAGGCCAACUCCUUUACGCCUAACUACGCCAAGGCCAAGAUAUCAGCAUCUCACCUUAUGUUCCUCAUCAACAGAGAACCUGCCAUAGACAACUGCUCACAAGAGGGAGAAACACCGGACCACUUUGAUGGUAACGUGCGUUUCGAGGGGGUGAGGUUCAACUACCCGUCCCGUCCAGACCUUGCUGUCCUGCAGGGGCUGGAGCUGAAGGUGCAGAAGGGACAGACUCUAGCCCUGGUGGGCAGCAGUGGCUGUGGGAAGAGUACCACCAUACAAUUACUGGAGCGGUUCUACGACCCACUACAGGGCACAGUGAUAUUGGACGAGAGUGAUGCUAAGAAGCUUAACAUCCAUUGGCUGAGGGCCCAGAUGGGCAUCGUAUCCCAGGAGCCCGUGCUGUUUGACUGUAGUCUGGCAGAGAACAUUGCCUACGGAGACAACACACGCAAAGUUACCAUGGAGGAGAUCCAGAGUGCUGCUAAAGCUGCCAACAUACACAGCUUCAUAGACGACCUGCCUCAGAAGUAUGACACCCAAGCCGGUGACAAGGGGACCCAGUUGUCAGGAGGUCAGAAGCAGCGUAUAGCCAUCGCCAGAGCCAUCCUCCGCAACCCCAAAGUCCUGCUGCUGGACGAGGCCACCUCCGCACUGGACACAGAGAGCGAAAGGGUGGUGCAGGAGGCACUGGACGUGGCUCGGCAGGGCAGGACAUGUAUCGUGGUGGCCCACCGCCUGUCCACCAUCCAGAACGCUGACCUGAUCGCUGUCUUCCAGAAGGGUGUGGUGGUGGAGCAGGGCACUCAUCAACAACUACUGUCCCAGAGAGGAGUAUACUACUCACUGGUUACCACCCAGCUGGGCCAUGGCAGAAACUGAGGGAGGAGAGGAAGAGAGGAGGAUGAAGAGAGGAGAGGAAGAGAGGAGUAUACAACUCACUGGUUACCACACAGCUGGGCCAUGACAGUGAGGGAGGAGAGGAUAGAGAGAGGAGUGGAAAAGGGAGGGAGAGGCUGAGACUGCA